AUGACAAUGCUUCUUCUGAGGAGAGCAGUACAGACGGCGGUGCGGACGAACCACUGCAGGUCGUUCUGUGUCUCCCAGACUCACCUGAGCGAGAGGAAAGUAAGUCAGCCAAACAUAAGCUGAACUGACAGAGAGUUACAUCAGAGACACUUUGCAUAGUGUGUUUACAAGGACCUUUAAAGCUAAAUGUGUCUGUUUCAGGUGUUUUUUCACAGUAGAGUCUGAGCUCUGUUUUAUUUGACUCCUUGUGUAUAUGUGCAGGGUCUGGUGCUGGGAGUGUUUGAGAAGGAGGGAGAGGAGGGUGGUCUUCAUCUGACAGAGGCAGCGGCUGGUUUUGACCAGUGUCUGUCUGGGAAACUCUCUGAUCUACUGAAAAUGUGAGCUUGCGAUUUCUAUGAACUGUUAUUUUGUGCAUUUGAGAAAUUACAAGAACAAGAGUUACAGCUUAGUUUUCAGAUAGUGACCCCUUGCUUGAGCAGCACAAACAGUCAACAGGAGUUGUUCUUUAAUAAGUUUCAAAUUAUUGAUGUUUUGAUUUUAAUAUAAUACAGAAAUUCAACAGAUGCACUUAACAUUUCAGGGGCAUUUUUGUGUGUCUAAUGGUGUGUCCCAAAUCACAGACUUCCAUACUAAAUACUUAAAAUUUUAAGUAUACUCAACUCAAAAUGGAAAAAAGUAUGGAUAGUACGCAACAAUUGAGUAUGCAAAAGUACCUGGAUGACGUACUCAAAUCAGUCAAGAUUUAGAGUAUCCGACUGUGGACACUCACCCGCACUCAUUUCAUCGGUAAGAAUAAGUUGCCUUAUACACGUUCUUUCCACCAAGCACCGCCAGCGUUUAUUGUUUUGAGUACAUUUGUGGUGUAACCUGUUUUUUGUCAUUUACCGUGAACAGUAUUGCCAAUGCUAAUGCUAGUUAGCAAGUAGCCGCCGGGUUUUGCAGCAUUCGUUGGGGACAGCACUGCACCCUUGAAACUAACGCACUGCGCGAUUAAGUGCAUAGUAUGCGUUUUGGGACAGCACUGCACCCUUGAAACUCACGCACUGUGCAUAUACUUAGUAUACUCCAUUUAGUAUGGAAGUAUGGGAUUUAGGACACACCUUAAGUUAAUCAGAUACCAUGAUAUAUCAAUCUACAGUGGCUUGAAAAAGUAUUCAUACCCCAUGAACUUUUUCACAUUCUGUCACUCUACAACCACAAACUUGAAAGUGUGUUAUUGAGAUUUUUUGUCAUAGAUCAACACAAAGUAGCACAUCAUUGUGAAGUGGAAUGUAAAUGAUACAUGGUUUUCAAAAAUUUAAGCAAAUAAAAAUCUGAAAAGUGUGGUGUUUAAUUUUGGGACUACAGCGAUGCCUUAUGUAUGUGUGUUUAACUUGUUGCAUACUUGCUGAAUUUACUGAUUUAGUUUGGUUCUCUCCAGAUCUGGACCAGCGUUAAAGAAAGGCAAAAGCAGAGUAUUUUAUGGGAUCCACAAGGUAACAAGAGCAUGAACAUUUGACUGAGGAAAAAAACCUUUAGGCAUCAGAGUGAUUUAAUCUUAUGUGUCUUCUUCAGGACUUCCCCUGUGUGGCAGUAGUCGGGCUGGGUAAGCACGAUGAAGGUGUGUGUGGGGCAGAGAACUGGGACACAAGCAAGGAGAACAUCAGACAGGCAGUGUCGGGUGAGUCACAUGACUCCGCUCUUUGUUUUCCACACACUAGUGGAUCCUCUGGAGAUGACUUCAUGUGUGUGUUUCUGUGUGUGUGUUAAGCUGGAUGCCGGUUACUCCAGGACCUGGAGGUGAACCAUGUGGAGGUGGACAGCUGUAGUGAUGCCCAGUCGGCAGCAGAAGGCGCAGCUUUGGGGUUAUUUCACUAUGACCAGCUCAAAUCAAAGAAGAAGACCAAAGUGACCACACAGCUUUAUGGAAGGUAGAACAAAAAGUGGGCUUAAAGAAAACUGCUGAAUCUUGAUGUAACCCCUUGAUCAUUCCAAAAUAUGCUGGUGUUUAUAAGUCUGUCUGUGUGUGUUUGCUCUUAGUGCUGACUCUGCUGGUUGGGAGAAAGGGGUCAUGUAUGCAGAAGGGCAGAACCUGGCACGGCUGCUCAUGGAAGCUCCAGCCAAUCAUGUCACUCCUACUACUUUUGCCAACACUAUCGAAGAGAAACUUGCACCUUAUGCUGAACGAGUGUCAGUAAACAAAAGGUGUGUGCUUUAUUUAUCAUCUCUGUCCUUAUUUACAAAGAGCACAGUGUGGUUUCUGUGCAAACUUUGUAAUUGAUCUAUCAUGUAUUCAUUAGAGAAGAGAACUCUGUGUAUGUUUUUAAUAUCUGUUGAGGACAAAAUUUGACCAAAAGAUGGAUCUAAUAAGAGAAAAAAUAUUUUUGGAUUAUAUAUGGAAAUGAUAGUUUGUCGCAACAUGCUCAUGGAUUCACAGUUUUGUGGUCAAUAACCUCAAUGAUUUUGCUGUGGCCCUCAAAAGAGAAAUAAUUUCAACAAAGGCGACUCAUUCUUGCAGUCACUCUUUUUGCAGCAAUUUGCAUCCACUGUGUUGCUCUGUGUGAAGUUUGAUCCUUUGCAUUCAGGAGAGUAGAUGGAGGAAGGAAGAAAGUUUAAGUCUAAUUAUAGAUGUGUUAAUGUACAGUCAUGGAAAAAAAUAUUAGACCUACCUUUUUUUUCUUCAAUUUCUUGUUCAUUCUAAUGCCUGGUACAACUACAGGUGCAUUUGUUCAAACAAAUAUAAUGAUAACAACAAAAUAGCUCAUAAGAGUUUAAUUUAAGAGCUGAUAUCUAGCCAUUUUCUAUGGUUUUCUUGAUAAUAACCAAAAUCACUUGAGUUCUUACAUCAAUAGCGAUGCUAUUGCUCUGCCAAAAACAAAGCUUUUAGGCAUUCCAUGUUUUCUUUUCUGUUUGUUGGUCAUGUGAUACACACAGGAGUUAGAACUUGAUUGGAUAACCAUUGUUUUUGGUGACUUGGCAUGCUCUCCACCAGAUUCUGACACUUUUUUGCUCUCACAGCAGCCCAUUCCUUUUGCAAAAUUUCUAUCAAAUCUGCUUUGUUUUUGGGCUUGUCGAACCAUGCAUUGAGCUGGCAAAAAGGCCUCAUAUAAACCCUGGGAAUACAAUGAAGCUUAAGCGUGUCAAAUGGGACAUAAUGUAUUAUGGAAUCAGCUGCAUUUUUAGUUAUGUUUAUUACUUUCUUCAGGUAAUAUACCUUCAGUGGUAUCAGGCUUUAAAAUGAACACGAAAUUGAAGAAAACACAGGUGGUCUAAUAAUUUUUUCCAUGACUGUAGAUCACAGAGUUGGAUGGAGGAGCAACAGAUGGGAGCAUUCCUCAGUGUGUCUAGAGGCUCAGAGGAGCCCCCUGUCUUCCUGGAGCUGCAUUACAAUGGUUCUCCCAACAGCAAGCAGGCUCCACUGCUGUUAGUGGGAAAAGGCAUCACCUUUGACAGGUAAUUAAACACAUUCCAGCUCACAGUCUUUUAAUUUUGUUGGAGGAAAUAAACCACUGAAAUGUUUUAUCUUUUUAUUUUCUUUUGUCAUUGUCUGUUUUACCUCUCCCCCAAUCUUUGUAAAUUAACAGUGGUGGUAUUUCUCUGAAGCCGUCUGCUUCCAUGGAUGCGAUGAGAGCUGAUAUGGGUGGAGCUGCCACUGUGUGUGCAUCCAUCGUCACAGCAGCGGCUCUGAAACUGCCAGUCAACAUUAUUGGUGAGUGUUAAUGUCAUAUAGUAUGAAUAAAAGUUCUUCAAUGAAUAUACAGACUCCAUGAGUAAACCCAUUGUUGUUGUAUACUGUGACUAGAUAGUAGAUGGACACCUGCUUUAAUGUUGAAUUAAACUCAUAAUUCUCCUCCUCUCCUGUUCUAAUGUCCCAGGUCUGGCCCCGCUGUGUGAGAACAUGCCCAGUGGAAAAGCAACUAAACCAGGGGAUGUUGUCAAAGCCAAAAAUGGAAAAACAAUACAGGUCAGCGCUUGUGUGAUCAAAUGUGAACGUUUCCAGUGUGAUUUCUUAUUUGAUUAAAUAUCACUGACCUGUGUGUAUACAGAUAAACAGCUUUUGUCGUCAUACUUGUGCACAGGUUGAUAAUACAGAUGCAGAGGGCCGACUCAUCCUUGCUGACGCUUUGUGUUACGGACACACUUUCAACCCCAGAGCUAUCGUCAAUGUUGCUACAUUAACAGGUUGGAUUUUUGAACUGACUUUAAAUAUGUACAUGUAAUGUUAUGGACCAACUGACAUACAAAUGUAUGAUGUUACACUGACUGGUCAAAACUCUUUUAUGGUCAGAAAGGAAAUGUACUAAUUCAAUCUGUAGACAUUACAAGUGGUGUUUUCUUCUUCCUCAAAGGUGCGAUGGACGUGGCUCUUGGCUCAGCAGCAACUGGAGUAUUUACAAACUCUGACUGGCUCUGGGGGCAGCUACAUAAGGUACAGUGUGUGGGUGUAUGUGUGUGUAAUAAAAACAGGUUCAGCAUCUUUGUCUGUCAGCUCUUGUGUUGUGUUGUGACUAAUGGUAUGUAUCUUUCUGUGAGUAGGCCAGUGUUGUGACAGGUGACAGAGUGUGGAGGAUGCCUCUCUUCCAGCAUUACACCCGACAGGUGACUGACAGCCAGCUGGCUGACCUCAACAACAUCGGCAAGUACAGCCGGUAUGUAUCCCUCUGCACCCUGAGUGUCUGAAGCUCCUGAUUCAGGUGCUAGAGCCCGAGAGCUGAUGCAUCAUGAAUCAGGGGCUGUUGUCGCAGAUAUAGCAACAAGUACUUGAACCCAAACCUGAAAAGUAGCACUUUGGAGUGAUUUUUUUUUUUCUCUCAAUAAUGAUCAAAAGGUUUUGUGGCCAUUUUGUUUAUGAUACCGCCAUCUGAGUUCAUGUAUUUUGUUUUUUUUUUCUACUUUUUCCCUCUUGAUUUUAGAAGGUUCCAUAAAAAUCCAAUUUAGAAUAAUGAUAAAAUAUUUGCAUGCACAGUUUAUUAAAGCUAUAUAGUUUGUUUUUUUUUCAUAGCUGCCUCAAACCGUUAAAUCCCUGCCACCUCUGUUGAGAACCCACGGCAGAUUUGUACCAACAUUGCUUACAGUCAAACUAUAAUUAUGAAUAAUAUGCUAUUUGAUUCAUUUGCAGAGUAUUUUGUGAUCAUUUGUUGUUUCAAAGAUGAUGAAAGUUGAGAAAUAUCUUAUUACUUGACAUAACUGAAAUCUUAAAUCUAGAAGAAAUCAGUCCAUUAAUCACUUUCAGGGAUUCAGAUUUGCUAAAUGAUAACAGAAUUAUUUUAGCCUGAUAAGAGGGUGUUAGCUUGAAACUGAGCCAUAUCUAAAAGGCAGCACCCAGGUGUAGUGUCAUUGAUUUAUUUGUACCGCUGUAUUUAUACUGCACCUAACUGUUGAGUCUGGCGGUUUCCUUCCUGCAGCUCUGGUGGUGCAUGCACAGCAGCUGCUUUCCUGAGAGAGUUUGUAACAGCACCUCACUGGGCUCAUCUGGAUAUCGCUGGUGUGAUGAGUAACAAAGAUGAAGUCCCCUACCUGAGGAAGGGUAUGUCUGGAAGACCAACGCGCACAUUGGUAGAGUUUGCUGCUGGACUGACCCACAGUGAAUAAGAGACUGACACAAAAUGUGAUUAUACACUAGAGUCUCUGACUGAUAGCUUCUCUGGCAGUGCACCCUCAAUAAUGGUCAUGUAGAUAAGUGUCAGCACCAAAAACAAAUGUAUCAUGAAAAAGCUCUGAAAAAGUUGGGAUUGAUUCAGAGCUGGAUUUGGAAGACAAGCAAGAUGGUCAACAACGUUUAAAUAAAAGAAAUACAAGUGUUUUUGUUUUUGUUGUUCACUAUUACUACAUAUUUCAUAUCUUGUUUUAAUAAAUUCUCUAAUAUUUAACUAUGCAUGUGGCACUUUUGUUUUCCUCUGUGGCUCUUUUGCUGACACAUGCAGACAAUAAUUCCUCUUGAGAUUAAGAACACCUCAUUCCAAAACCUUAAUAACACUACUUGAACAGCCAGUAUUUCUCUGAGAGGAUUAACGUCCAAAUUUUGGAACCUGCCUGGAGGGAUUUUCUUCUAUUCACCUAAAAAUAUAACUGAGCUUGAAUACUGGCACUAGGCUAAAAGACUUGACAUAAAUGUGUUUAUCACACAUCAAAACCUAAAGAGAAAAUGUCUUGUUUAUGAACCAUCUUUAAGGCCUUUUCCUUUUUAACAACUUAAAAUGAAAGAUCGGCUUUUGGGGGAUUUCAGUGUUUUGGGAAAAACAGCAGGAGAAAAGUUUGAUAACUUAAAAAAUUGUUAUAUAUGUUAUAUAAUUGCUAUAUAUAAUAAUAUAUAAUUGCUACAUACUGCAAACUGAAUUUUGGGCAAAUCAGUAUGUACUGCUAGUAUAGUAGGUGAAUUUGAAAACGGCCUGAGAUCUUAACACUAAACAGAAGUAAAAUCUAUUAUAAAGAAUCACACUUUCAAAAUAUGGCAAGAAUAGUGGAGUAUUGCUGACGCAGGGCGACAUCUGUACAAUAUCCAAAAACAUGUUGGCAGAAUAGCUACACAGGGCAGAAGCACAAAGGAGGAGACAGUACAGGCUAUACAAUCAGAGCCUUUAUUUGAUUAAAAAAAAAGAACACUUAACAGGACUGUGUAAUAACUGUAAGACAGCGGAAACAGUAAACGAUGUACUCAAUGAUUGUGUUAAACACACAGAAAAGGCAACAACAGGUUAGUCACCAACUUUAGGAAGAAAAUCUGGAUCUCACUGUUGAAAAUCUGUUAGAAUCACCAUCUGAAAAAGUAUUCAAGGCAUUAAUGAAGUAUUUAAGGGAGACUGGCUUAUGGGAUAGAGUUUAACUUUGGAGCUUAGUGAGUAUAUAUGUUUAGGCAUUUGUGUUUUUUUUUUUUUCCUGCUUAAUUUCCUGUGCCACACUCCAAUCCAGUAGGUGGCGGUAAUGUUCCUUAAACUGGUUGCCAACCGACAAUACAAAGAAGAAGAAGAAGAAGUAGCAGAAGGCCUGAGAUUUUUAUGGCGUCUUCCAUGAGUGGAAUGUUUUCAGGUCAACAGCAGCCCAGUGGGCAUCCAGUCGGGGGUCCAGGUGGACCGAGCCAGCCGGGCUACCCUGGUUCCGCAACCAGGGCCCAGGGAAACAACACACUGGUGGAUGAGCUGGAAGCUUCUUUUGAGGUGUGAGACUUGUAGACUAGCUACUGUUUGUCGAGUGUGCUAACUGUAAGUAGCUAGCAAUGUCUGGUGAGGAUCAACAGUCCAUUGUCUGGUGUUGCUGAAACACUAUUGUUUUUCAGCAGUGGGAACCUUAACUCUCUCAAACAAGCACGAGUAAGUGAAUGUGCAUUCAGAAUUGAGGUCCAGAGCUUAAAUGCAUUACGCGAAGCAAUGCAAGGAAACGCUGCAAGUGUUUGUUAGCUUACACCCCGGGAUCCAUGUCCUCUGAUCUGCAACUCUUAGUAAGUCACUUUUAAGCUACUGAUGAGACUUUUUAGGUUACCCAGCUCCAAAGGCAUGAACCUUAUGUGUGCACGCAAAAUUAAAAAUGUCAGAAAGUCGUAUUAUUUGUCUGUAGUAGAAGAGCUGUACUUGCAAUCACAGAGCCCUUAUAAUUAGGACUCGACCGAUUUAUCGGCGAGCCGAUUAAAUCGGCCAAUUGUAGCCCGUUUGAGACUAAUCGGGAAUCGGCCAAAACUAGCCGAUUUUCGCCGAUAUUAUCAGAAAUAAAAUGCGGAGAAUAAGAUUUGGUUUCACUUUAUAAAUGUUCCAUUCUGGAGUUAAGGUAGUUGAAAACGCUUUUCUGUUCUGAGUUUGAACAAUUGGUUGGUCUUCCCGGCGUGAAGAGCAGUAGCCUACAGUAUAUCUGCAAUAUAACUUCAUAAGAAACUUUAAAAAUCGGCCAAUUAAUUGGUAAUCGGAUUGGUAAUAUUUCUUAUCAUCAUAUGAAUUCCCUUAAAAAAAACACUUCUUUGUGAUAGUUAUUCAUAACCACUGCGCUAAUUAAAGAUAGCAUGCAAAUUCCAGGACCACUCUUACUAACCUUAUUCCCCACAUGCAGCUAUCAAAUCCAUCCAAACAUACUUACCCUCUACCACUAUUACCAGGUGAAAAUCACAGGAACAGGAAAAAGUGGGUUUUGGAUCAGGGAAACAAUGAGCUUUCAAAGAUGUCAAAGGCAAUGCUGAGACUACCCAGGGACCCAUGAUAAUCAGACAAACGCAACAUAAUGAAAAUUGCGUAAACAUGUUUGAUCGGGUGAAAAUCGCCCGGCGAUAGUGUUCUAGGGUUAAGUGUGUGUUCCCUGUAAGGCAAGAACUCUGUUGAUUUGUAUCAGCUCAAACCGCUGAAGGAAGCCAAAUCACUAUGAAGUUGCUAAUUAUUUGCAACGUUUCUAAUGAAGUCUUUAUUGCUGAAUAGUUGCAGUUUCGUAAGGGAGAACCACUGAAACUAUUCUCCUGAAUCCGUCUCUUAAAUGUGGUUGAUUAAGUUUCACUUACCAGCUACUGAAUGAAAACUCACAAAAUAAUGAAGGAUUCCGUAUAGGAUGUUUAUCUUCCUAGUUGAUUUGGCUGAACAGCUUGAACCAAUACUUGCAGUUGUCAAAACAGACUUUGAUAAAGUGAUUUUGUUCUGUCUUAUUUCUUUCCAGGCAUGUUUUGCUUCUUUGGUAAGCCAAGACUACGUUAAUGGUACAGACCAGGAGGAGAUUAGAACAGGUUGGUAAAGCCUCUGUUAAUUUAAGGCAGUUUUGGUCAAUGUCAUAGUGCAAUGGACUGAUCAAUGUGUUUGUGUUGGUUGCAGGUGUUGAUCAGUGCAUACAGAAAUUCCUUGACGUGGCGCGACAGACAGAGUGCUUCUUCCUACAGAAACGGCUCCAGUUAUCAGUGCAGAAACCAGAGCAGGUGGUAAAGGAGGUAAACAUUUAACCAUUCUUUGAUCUUGAGUUGCUACAGUUGGCUUGUUUACAUAUUAUUGGUUUCUGUCUGUCGAUUCACCUUUUCUCCUCUCAUGUACAUUUGUGCUCUCUCACUUCAGGAUGUGUCAGAGUUGCGUAACGAGCUACAGAGAAAAGAAAUGCUGGUUCAGAAACACUUGACCAAACUACACCAUUGGCAACAAGUUCUAGAGGAUGUGAGCGUUCAGCAUCGCAAACCCACAGACCUUCCUCCUCCAGGACCACUGGCCUUUUUGGAGCAGGCCUCUGCAAAUCUACCCCCCGCCCCUUUAAAACCGAACUAA